AAAUCUGCAAAGACGAAAAAGACAAAGGACGACAAGUCGGCAAAGAAGCGACGACACGAUGAACAAGCCACAGCAGCUACACCAGCAGCAGCAGAAGAAACAUCAGAGACGACAAUCGAGAGUCUACCAAAGCGUCCGCGCAUUGCUUCGCCAGCUGCAGAUGCAUCCACCACAUCUCCUUUCGUCAAGCAAACCUCAUCCUUCUAUCUUCCUCUGUCGCCAAUCUACCACGCCUUCCCCGUCGAUGGCCUCUGCGCCGAACACAUCUCUCCCCUUCUACUCACCUACCACCCACCUCUGCGCGGCGUAAUCCUCUCCUACGAAAACCCCCGCCUCUCAAACAGUCCCGCCGACGCUCCAUCCUCGCGCGACGGCCCCGAUGCCGCUCCCACAGUCCUCGCAAAGUCAAUCGACGAAUACGCAGUCUCGUUUGUAUGGCUAACCGUCGAUUUCACGCUUUUGCGUCCCACUCCCGGUGCCGUCAUCGAAGGCUUUGUCAGUCUCCAAAACGAAUCCUAUCUCGGUCUGGUGUGUUGGAAUUUCUUCAACGCAGGCGUGGACCGCAAGCGCAUCCCUUCAAACUGGAAAUGGGUGCCCAACCACAACGCCAAUGCCGGCACCAAGAGCGCAACAGACUGGAUGAGAGGCCUACGCAACAAGAGCGAUGAAAGCAGUGGUCACUACGUCGACGAAAACGGCAAGAAGAUUGAAGGAAAGAUCAAGUUCACAGUCAAAGAUUUUGAAUCUGCGCCUAGCACGGAUCGCGAAAGAGGCUUUUUGAGUAUUGAGGGUACUUUGUUGAGUCCAGAG